CACGUGGCAAAGGACACUUGAAAAAAGAAACGUUUUGUCAAAGAAAGUUGUUCAAGACAGUCACACACCAAAGAGAAAGUGGGCGUGUAUGCAGUAAAGUGUCUUACUGUUGAUCUGAUUUGGAAGAUCAGUUUUAACUGCAGUGAAGAUGACAUUGAUUCAGAAGGUGGUACUGAAUUCUCGACCUGGUACCAGUGGUGAAGCAGUUCCCGAUAACUUCAGACUGGAGGAGACCAACCUACCUACAGAGAUUGCCAGAGGACAGGUAAAGGUGAAGACCCUUUACCUGUCAGUGGAUCCCUAUAUGAGAUGCCGUAUGAAUGAAGACACGGGUGCAGAUUAUUUAAAGCCAUGGCAGGUUUCACAGGCUAUAGACGGUGGAGGCGUAGGAGUUGUUGUGGACAGCAGACAUGCCGGUUUCACCUCAGGGGAUACUGUGACAUCAUUUUACUGGCCAUGGCAAACCGAGGCUGUUGUAGAUGGAGGCCUUCUUCAGAAGCUUAAUCCUGCUCUCGUUGAUGGGCAUCUGUCCUACUUUCUGGGUGCAGUGGGCAUGCCAGGGCUUACUGUUCUGUUUGGGGUAAAAGAAAAAGGAUUUGUGACCCCUGGAGCCAAUCAGACUAUGGUUGUUAGUGCUGCUGCUGGUGCAUGUGGUUCCUUGGCUGGACAGAUUGGGCGUAUUCAAGGUUGCUCCAAUGUUGUGGGGAUUUGCGGCUCUGAUGAGAAGUGCAGGAUUUUGGUAUCAGAAAUGGGAUUCAGUGCUGCUAUUAAUUACAAGAAAAGUACAGUGCUGGAGGAACUGAAAAAAUUCUGUCCAUCGGGAAUAGAUGUCUACUUUGACAAUGUUGGUGGUGAGAUAAGCGAUAUUGUUAUAAGCCAGAUGACUCACAACAGCCAUGUAAUCCUUUGUGGACAAAUCUCACAGUACAAUCACGAUGUUCCAUACCCUCCACCUCUGCCCCCCAGCACUGAGGCCAUACUACGAGAAAAACACAUCACCAGAGAGAGAUUUCUGGUGCUGAAUUACGCUCAUAAGUUUGAUGAAGGGCUAUUGCAGCUUAGUCAGUGGGUGAAAGAGGGUAGUCUGAAGGUUCGAGAAACUGUGACAAAGGGUUUGGAAAACAUAGGAGUUGCAUUCCACUCCAUGAUGACAGGUGGGAACAUCGGAAAGCAGAUUGUUAGCGUGUCAGACAACAGCUAAAGCAUCCCACCUAAAAGACAACUAUGUCGAAUAUAGAAAUUUCUCAGUCAAGAGCCACAGGAUCAGCCUUUUCCCUGCACUCUUCUGGAAUCUGUUGAAUUGUUUUGGUACUGGAAAUAGUAAUAAAACUAAUGUAUUAAUUUUU